CAAGCAACCAUCAUUCAAUUCACUCUGUUUUUCUGGUUCUGCUUUCCAAAUUAUUCAGAUGGCUUCAGCAUGGACACCGCGGCAGCGUGAGCUGUUUGAAAAGGCCAAGUCCUCCAGUCGGGUCAUACUCGCACGCUCAGAUAUCACACAUGACGAUGCUUUGGUCAUUGCCGAGGGUCUCAAGGCGAAUGGCAAUUUGCAAUAUCUCGAGUUGUCUGACAACCAGAUUGGCGACGCAGGAGCACAAGCGAUCGGAUCUGCGCUUCGGAACAAGUCGACCUUGAUUGCACUCAGCUUGAACGAGAACAAGAUUAGUGACAUUGGAGCUUUUGCCGUCGCUGAAGGCUUGCAGGCGUCGACUGCGCUGACUGAGCUCGGGAUGUUCAUCAAUCAAAUCGGCGACGCUGGAGCUCAGGCGAUCGGAUCUGCGCUUCGAAACAAGGCCAACCUGUCUAUUCUUCAUUUGAGCAACAACAAGAUUGGUGACAUUGGCGCUUUUGCCAUCGCUGAAGGCCUGCAGGCGUCGACUGCGCUGACUCAGCUCGGGAUGUUCACCAAUCAAAUCGGCGACGGUGGAGCUCAGGCGAUCGGAUCUGCGCUUCGAAACAAGGCCAGCCUGUCUAGUCUUUACUUGGAUGUGAACAGGAUUAGUGACAUUGGAGCUUGUGCCGUCGCCGAAGGCCUGCAGACAUCGACAGCGCUGACUCAGCUCGGAAUGCACACCAAUCAAAUCGGUGAUGCAGGAGCGCAGGCGAUCGGAGCUGCGCUUCGAAACAAGGCCAACCUGUCGAAACUGAAUUUGUCGGACAACCAGAUCUCUGCAAGCGCCGUUCAGCUUAUAUCCAAAAGCGUUCCCGCAAAAUGCGAGUUCUCGGCCGGAAAUCAGCGCACUCGCCCUCAGAAUGCAACCAGUCCUCCUGCCAUUCCACCGAAACCUGCCCACUUAGACCAUACUCCCAACUCGCCUCUCGCUGCGUCUGAUGCGACGUCGCAGCAAGUCCUGUCGCAAGCAACGACGCAGUUUUCAGAGUCCAAGCGCAUCGGUGGCGGUGGAUUUGGCAGCGUCUACUCUGGUGUGUGGAGCGGUCAGCGAGUUGCGGUCAAACGCUUGGCAGCGGAUUCAACUCAAGGCAUCUCUCAGUUCGAGGCCGAGCUCGAAGCCCUCUCGCGUUUCCGUCACCCGAAUAUCGUCACCAUCAUGUGCUAUGCCCAGGAAGGCAACGAGCGCUGCUUGGUGUACGAGCUGAUGCCAAACGGUUCUGUUCGCGAUCGUCUCGAUCGCAAGGGUGGCACGCCUGCAUUGAGUUGGCAGCAGCGCCGAACCAUUGCGACCGAUAUUGCAAACGCCAUGCACUUUGUGCAGACUGCCAUUCCGCGUCAGCCGCUGUUCCACCUGGAUCUCAAGACGGACAAUGUACUUUUGGCCGCUGACUUUCAUGCCAAGGUCGCCGACUUUGGUCUGACGCGCUCUGCCCCAGCUCAAGUGGAUGCACACAGCUACAUUCGCACGCAGACUGUUCAAGGAACAUUACAGUACAUCUGCCCACAGUAUCGCGACGAAGGCAAGGUCUCCAUCAAGACAGACGUGUACUCGUACGGCAUGAUUCUGCUUGAGCUCGUUACUGGACAGCCGCCCAGCAUUGACUUGAUGGGUACUGUUCGACGCGAGCUGAAAAGGAGCCGUAAAAUCGAUGCGGUGCUUGACAAGGCGAUUGACUGGAGCCCUCAGGACAAAGAAUCGGCUCAAGCCAUGGCGGCGGAUCUUGCGCCUGAUUGUCUCGAAACUGCACGAAUUGACCGACCCUCGUUCGGCGAAAUUUUGAGGCGAUUGUCUGGGGAAGAAGCUGCAGGAGCAAACGAGGAAGAGACUAUCGAGGGCAGCGAUCGCGAGUGCUUGGUCUGUUACAACGCCCCGACGAAUGCCAAGCUGAUGCCUUGUCACCACGCAUGUGUCUGCGUUGCGUGUGCUCAAUGGAUGAUCGAGCGUCGAGACAAGUGCAUGAUUUGCCGAGUCCUUCCGACCUCGUUUCAGCAGGGCACGUACACCAAGACGUUUGUUCAGUGAGCUGCGCUGUUGUUUGAUGUUUGAUGUUUAUUGAAAGUAUGUUGUGUUGCAUGUCAAAUCACGUCCGGUUUCUGUAAAUCUUACGCCAUUGCCGUUCUCUAUAAAAUUCAUGUAGCUGACCC